AUGAAGGUGAAAAUUGUGGAAUGGCAUGGAUUCUCGACAUGGCACUGGAAAUUAGCUGCUGAUGGCGAUGCCAAUUCCAGCGCCUAUGUAGAUGAGUUAUGUGGAAUUUGCCGGGUAGCUUUUGAUGGUACCUGUCCCAAUUGUAAGUAUCCAGGAGAUGAUUGUCCCAUAGUGUUGGGCUCGGGUUGUACUCAUAACUUUCAUUUGCAUUGUAUUGUUAAAUGGCUAGAACAGGACACAUCCAAGGGGUUGUGCCCCAUGUGUAGACAGAUAUUUACAUACAAAGAGAGCUAUCCUGACAUGACGGAGGAGUUGGCCAACUUGAAGACUUUAAUAGAUGGCCAUAGGGUGAUGAGAGAAAGGUAUACUGAAGAUAACCAGGAGUUUGAGGCGUUUGAAGAAGAGACCUGAAAUGAGGCGAUUAUGAAUUUGGUAUGUAUUGCUAUUGCUACCAUGUCUGCGUUAUUGGGCUACACGUCUACCUAACAUGACUGAGUCUGAGUCUAAGAGAUUUGAAACUUAGACUACCAUGAGAUAGAGAGUUGGAUUCAUACAACAGAGAGCGUCUAUUUGCCGUUGAUUUCCGAAGAGUCCUAAAGAACCGAAAAGAGUACUAUGAUUGUAUCUACAUUAUCUGCAUUCUGUAUUUAUUCGACUUCCAUACGACUUCUAUUGGUUCUUCACGUUUCCAAUUCUCGCUUUGAUCGGAUGAAUUUCUUCAUACAGAAUUUGCUACAGAGUUUAUCAAAUAGAAGUUCGCGUUUUUUAGAAAU